UGAAAAAGAGUUGAAAUUGAUGCUACCCUCAGCUCAAACUCAAAGCCUCGCAAAUGAUCUCUCUCUGUCUCAACAACACUCUCUCCCUAUCCUCUGCUGCUUCUCUCUCCUCCUUCAAGCCAUCUCUCAUAUCCAUUCUCAAACCUCCCAAAAAACCCUACCUGAAAAGGACCAGAAAUGGAACGUGUUGUAGAGCCGAGUUCUCUCAAGACGCGCCAUUCGCCGUCGCAAUCGGUGCUUGCAUUCUCAAUUCGGUCGUCUUUCCGAUCACUUCCGGUCCUGACGAUGACGACCAAGGCGACUCCUUGAUCGAUUCCACUGAUGCGAGGUUCGCUGUUAUGGGGAUCAUGAGUUUCAUUCCUUACUUCAAUUGGCUUAGCUGGGUGUUUGCCUGGUUGGAUACUGGGAAGCGGCGCUAUGUCGUGUAUUCACUUGUAUACUUGGCUCCCUAUUUGAGGUCAAAUUUGUCUCUGUCGCCUGAGGAGAGCUGGCUGCCUAUUGCUAGCAUUUUCUUCUGCAUUAUUCACAUUCAGCUAGAAGCGAGUAUUAAAAAUGGAGAUUUUCAAGGCUUCAAGUUAUUUAGUGAGGUUUCGAAGAAUCUUUCAUCUGUCACUAGAAAAAAAGAAACACAUCUGAAGCACGAUGAAAGAGUCUUUGAAGAGGGAAGAGCAAAAGACUACAUGAACCUGCCUUCUGCUCAAGAAGAGUCUAGGAAUGAGAUUCGGGGGUGGGGAGUUCCCCAAAAGCCUUUACAGGAUGAUCCUGAACACUUGCAUGAAGAUGGAGGUGCUAACGAUGAAAGGAAACAUUAGAAAGAAUAGAGUUGCAAGUGGAGGUGGUGGUGGUGGUGGUGGCGACUGCAAUACUUGGGUUUUGUUAUGGCUGCAAAUAAAAAAUCUGAUAAUCUUUGGCACACAACAGAUUCUUAUAUGGGCAUGCAAAAAAAAGCAUUUAAAAGGGGGUAAACUACCUUGACUGGAGAGACACUGGUAAGAAGGAAAGGUUCACACUGAUUUAUAUCAGGUUUACUUCAAAUUUGAAGUUACGAGUAAAAAGGAAAUGUGAUGGAAGAUGUAGUUGUUUGUUUGUUUUAUGUUUGUUUAUUUCUGAAUACAAAUUUGAAUAUUAAAGUUAAUGAUAUGUAUCAAUAUUAGGGAAGCCUUCUCAGAAUUGGAUCAAACUGAUGUUGGGAGACGGUCACCCCAAAAUUAUCACCAUGGUUCAAUGAAGUUAAUCCAUCACUAUAAUUUUUCUCUUUUGUCA